GUCGAAGGAAUGAACCGACUACUCAAGUUCACCAGCAAGUUUUGGAAGGAACUUAUGUCUCUGUUCGGGACCAAACUCGCCAUGUCAUCCGCCUACCAUCUGCAGACAGAUGGACAGACCGAGUGCCUCAACCAAAUUGUAGAGCAACUCCUCCGCGCAGCAUGCAAAGGCGAAAUCUCUAAAUGCGACUUGCAUCUGCCCGUCCUGAGUUUGCCUACAACAACGCCACUUGCGCCGCUACUGGACAGACGCCGUUCUUCCUCUGCUACGGACGCCACCCGCUCACGCCACAAAAACCGAUAGCAUCAGCCACAGUCCAACCCGCAUAC